AUGCCACCGUUCCUACCGAGAAAGAGGCUGUCCGUGUCGCCGCCAGCCUCCGCUCGGGAAACCCCUGCGAAAAAGGCAAAACUCGCAGAUGUUUUGGACGCCGAGUCGAAAAGCACCCCAGGGCUACAGCGGACAAAGACAUUCUCCCUCGGAAGUGAUGAGUCGGACUCUUCCCUCAGCGAUGUGGACAGCGAGCAGUUCGAAAAGGUCCCGUCCAACCUCAAGCAGCCGUCCGCUCUGACACACGACGACGAAAAGGAGGAGGACGAUGAUGAUGAAGACAUAGAAUGGGAAGAUGCUGCGGGCUACGACCACGAGAAGGAGCUCCCAGCCUACAAACCGCAAUCGGACGGUCCUAUCGAGAUAAACUUGCGCAAAGCGGACAAUGAAGCCGACAACUGGAUAACGCAGGCGGCAAACAAGAGGAAAGGUCCCUCGAAGCGAGAGAAGCAGGUCCGGGUCUGCACUCAUCAACUACACGUGCAAUUUCUUCUCUGGCACAACUCGGUCCGCAAUAGCUGGAUCUCUGACAGAGAGGUUCAACAGAUCCUUGUCCAACAAUUACCUCCUCCAAUUAAGAAGGAGGUCGAAAAGUGGAAGAGAGCAAGUGGAUUGACGGUUGCAGAUACUGAGGCCGGAGGAGGAUCUGCAACAGUUAGGGGCAAGCGACCCGGCAAACAGAAAGUGGCAGACCCGCGCAAUGAAAGAGAUUGGGGUAGGCCUAGCAAGCGCGCUGAGCAGGGCAAGCCCGACAUGAGCAAUGGUGAUCCGAUAAUCUCUCUUAUGAAAGUCCUGGCUGCAUACUGGAAGAAGAAAUUCGCCAUUACUGCACCAGGUCUGCGGAAGCGUGGCUAUGGCACCAGGCUGGGGUUGAAACAGAUCAUCCAGUCUCAGCGCAAUGACGAGCACAAUCCCGAGGUGCAUGGGGAGCGUAUCAGAAACAUCCAGGAAUUCCGCGAGCUGGCGAGGAGGUCUGAGGGUUCGAGGGACGUGGGUGCUCAGUUGUUCACCGCGCUGCUGAGAGGUCUAGGUAUCGAGGCCAGGUUAGUGGCGAGCCUACAGCCCAGUGGGUUCGGCUGGACCAAGGCAGAACAAGCCCAGCCCCGGAAGGCCAGCGAAGCGGUCGAUGUAGAUACGUCCUUCGACGAUUCAGGCUCAGAGGAUGCCAGGUCAAUGUCAGAGAUCAACAAAAAUCCAGCGCGACGAAAAGGCGGACCACGCAAUAUGUCUAGAAAUAAGUCCGAACUGGAGGACGAAGAAGACUCAGUGGUGGACGUCACCCCUUCGAUGCCCAAGAAACGACCUCAGAAAUACGACCGCGAGAACCCCUUCCCUAUCUACUGGACUGAAGCAGUAUCCCCAGUAACCAACAAGAUUCUCCCUGUCUCUCCACUCGUCCUUGCGUCUCCCGUCGCCACCACUCCUGAAAUCCUGGCAACCUUCGAACCACGCGGCAUCAAAGCCGAGAAAACCAAGACCGUGAUGGCCUACGUCAUUGCGUAUUCUCCGGAUGGCUCAGCGAAGGACGUAACUGUGCGAUACUUGAGGAAAAGGAUUUGGCCAGGCAAGACAAAGGGAUUUCGGUUUCCGCUUGAGAAGAUCCCGGUAUACAACAGAUAUGGCAAGGUCAAGAGAUAUGAGGAUUACGACUGGUUCAAGCGCGUAAUGAGUGGCUACACUCGGCCUGACCUGAUGAGAACAACGGUCGACGACGUGGAAGAUGCAACGGAUCUCGUUCCUCAACUUCCGGAGAAGAAGGACAGCGGUGGUCAAGAGAUCGAUACCUUGCAGUCUCUCAAAUCGUCUGCUGAUUAUGUGCUCGAACGGUUCCUCCGCCGCGAAGAAGCACUUCGACCCGAUGCCGAACCCGUCCGUACCUUCAUUUCGGGAAAAGGUGAGAACCAAAAGGAGGAGCCCGUGUACCGCCGGUCCGAUGUUGAACGUUGCUUGACAGCAGAAUCAUGGCAUAAAGAAGGCCGACGGCCUAGAGCUGGAGAAGCUCCAAUGAAACUCGUUCCUGUACGGGCAGUCACAUUGACCCGUAAGCGAGAAGCAGAAGAACACGAACGAGUAACUGGGGAGAAACAGAUGCAGGGCCUGUACAGCUGGGAUCAGACUGAAUACAUUAUCCCUCCGCCCAUAGAGAACGGCGUGAUCCCGAAGAAUGCCUAUGGGAACAUUGACUGCUUUGUCCCUUCGAUGGUCCCCAAAGGCGCGGUUCAUAUUCCUCUCAGGGGGACUGUCCGGAUCUGCAAGAAGCUGCAGAUCGACUUCGCCGAGGCAGUCACGGGCUUCGAGUUCGGCAACAAGCGCGCAGUGCCCGUGUGUACCGGCGUGGUCGUCGCGAAGGAGAAUGAGCGAGCUGUGAGAGAGGCAUGGCAUAAAUAUAAUGAGGAGCAGAGGAAGAAAGAGGAAAAGAAAAUGGAGUCGAUGGUGUUGGAGAUGUGGAGGAAAUUCGUUGUCGGGUUGAGGAUUAGGGAGAGAGUGAGGGACACAUACGGUGAUCAGAACGCGGCAGAUGAACUAGCGAUCGGGAGGAGCAAAGAACAGCCGAUUAUGUUGGAAAGUGACGAGGAGGCUCUCACAUCGCACAGACAUGAACCUGAACCUCGGGCUACUGAGGACGAGUUUGGCGGAGAAGGCGGGUUUUUACUCGAAUCAGACGAAGAGCACCAGGUCGGGAGUGACCUCGAAGUGGUCCACCACGACGAACCGCAACCGCAGUCCAUCUCCAAGGGAAAGGAACGAGCGACAGACUAUCAGUAUCCGACUCCAGCUUCUGUCUCUGCCUCGCCGUUGAAGCCGCCUCUUCGCCGGCAACGGCCUGGAAAGUCUUUCGAGGAAAGGGACCAGGAGCAGGAGAGUUCGGGCUUAUCGGCCCCUCCUAGUGAUGAUGGCAACGUUGAUGGGAGUGAAGGUGAAGGAUUCGAUUACACGUCUGAUCUUGAAAGCGGGCGAGACGGUGUCGACGACGCUGAUGACGAGGACGACGUGGAAGGAGAAGACGAUGAUAAGUCGAAUGAAUCCGACUCGGACAACUACGUGCCCACAAAAGCCACGAAACGCAGCACAUCGGCGCGCAGACCUCGGACUACUCAGAGCAGCUCAAACACUGCAACCGCGUCCCAGCCAUCUUCACGGAGACGGACGAGAACAAGAACCAGCACUGCAACUGCAACGAGAUCUACUGAUUUAUCCAGUCCAGCUCCGGACGACAGCAAUGACAGCGGCAAUGCCAUGCCAACACGCCGAUUGAAGUCAAAGGCCACGGCGCAGUCCAAAUCCACAUCCACAUCCAAGUCCACACCAACAUCCGAGGAAACCUCCAAAGUGAACCACCUGCAGUCCAGAGGUCAACCUGGCUCUGGAACUCCAGCCGGAAUCAGAACCGGAACCAGGCGACGGUUGAGACGGGACAGUACGAGGGUCACGAGUCCUUACUUCCAGGGCUGA